AUGGCCCCGACUCAAGCGACCCAGCCUACGCAGACUCAGGCGACACAGCCUCUGACCGGGACCCCUGCCACUGGUGACCCUCGGCUGAGGAUUCUCCAGUUGGUGUGCACCACGGGGCAGUACCCGCCCUUCGACAUACGCGCCGAUGCUAAACCGGUGGUCGAGGAACCAGGCAUGUCCCCCCGCCAAGUGUGGUGGGUGGGCCGCUCUGCCGAGGCCGACUUGCACUUGACAACCCUGACCCGGUUACUGAGUCGACAUUUCAAGAUCUAUUUGGACGUCAACGACAAGCUGGUGUGGAUUGUCGACAUUCUGACUAAUGGUACUAAAGUGAACGGCAAACGACUAGUUAAAGGUCAAAAUUAUAUGUUGAACCAAGGUGACGAAAUCUUGGUGGGGUUUAACGUUGAUAAGGAUGAGAUCUCAUGGAUUGUGGUGUUCUCUGAUGAAUAUAAUCCGCAAAAACGGCUGCCGUUACCAUCAGUUACUGCCGCCGCCCUGGGAAUUUAUCGUGACUACGAAAUCAAACAGGAGACCAUUGGCCAAGGGGCCUUCGCCACGGUGAAGAAAUGUGUUCAAAGAUCUACCGGCACCGCCUACGCCGUGAAAAUCAUCAACCGCCGCAAAGCUUUAAAUACUCAAGGGGCACUUCAGGGUGUGGAUCGAGAGUUAGAGAUUCUUCGUCAAUUGGAUCAUCCGCACAUUGUUCGCCUUCAGGACUACUAUGAAGACCAAGACAACUACUAUAUCGUGAUGGAGCUUGUCCCCGGGGGUGAUUUGAUGGACUUCGUCGCUGCUAACGGUUCCAUCGGUGAGGAAGCCACCCAAGUGGUGGCGAAACAAAUCCUUGAAGGGAUUGCUUACGUCCAUUCUAAGGGUAUCAGUCAUCGUGAUCUUAAACCCGACAAUAUCUUGAUUGCUCAAGACGACCCCAUCCAAGUCAAGAUUACUGAUUUUGGCCUUGCUAAGUUCAGUGAUGGCCAAACAUUUAUGAAGACGUUCUGCGGGACGUUAGCUUACGUGGCCCCUGAAGUGAUUACCGGUGCCCGUGCCGAGUCGCAAAAUCCAAAGUAUCUGCUGUUGGUCGACAUGUGGCUGUUGGGGUGUCUUAUUUACGUGCUCCUUACCUCACACCUCCCCUUCAAUGGCAAGACCCAGCCACAGCUCUUCCAAAAGAUUAAGCUGGGAGAAUUUCACGAAGCCCCGCUUAAGCAGUUUCUGGUCAGCGACCAAGGAAUUGAUUUCCUUCGUCGGUGUCUUCAGGUUGAUCCCAGCAUGCGCAUCACUGCAAAAGAAGCCUUACAUCACGCAUGGAUUGAGGAUGCGUGGAACGAGGAAACUCAACUGCAAAAGGUCCUGAGUCUUUCUCAACUGCAACUGCAACAACAGCGCCGCUUCGAUAUCAAUUUGGAAGCAUCGAUGGUCGACGAUAUCAUGGCCCGGGCGCUCGAUGGCGACCGUGCCGCCACUCCUCGCAAAGCCCUGUUCAAAAAGCCAGCUAGAGUUCAGCCGCGAACUCAACCAAAGCCUCUGGGACCUCAGCGAGCUCAGGUGGUACCGGCACCAGUUCCGGCACGCCCGUUGGCCGAGCUGUCAUUUGCAUUAGGGCCGUCACAACCUAUGCCCAAGCGGCCACUCGAAGCGAUUGAGGAGACUCUGGAACGCAGCAGCAAACGGCUGCGUUCACAGACGCCACUGGACGUGUUUAUCACAUUGAAUCCCUUGGCUGGAUCGCAACAUCCCACCCCAAUUCACAUUCGUCAAGGUGUAGGGGCCUACCAGGUGGGGCGUAAUGCUACUUGCGAUACCAUUUUAUUGGACGAGCGACUUUCCAAGAUUCAUUGCAUUUUCAGUCGCCAACGCCACCCCACUACCGCCAAUUCCAUCUACGAGCUGCCGGCGAUGUGUCUCGAUGACAUUUGGCUUUUAGACGUACUGACAAACUCCUGUUACGUCAACGAUAUGAUUCUUGGAAAGGGGAAGAAGGUGAAGAUCUAUAAUGGCGACAAGAUCUUCUUUUUCAUCGACCAUAACCUCAACGAGCAACUUGGCUUUGAAGUCAUCAUCCGCGAUGCCACAGGUUUAUUCUGUGGUGGCGAACGUGUUGAAGGCGUCAACGACGACCAGAAGAUCAUCCCUCAGGAUGCAUUUGAUGCCAGUCUCAAGUCCCGGCCGGUCCAGGACCAAGGCACCAUAACUCCAGGGUAUGGCGGCACCUUCAAUGAGAAAUUGAGAAAACAACGACGCCAGGAUUUGCUCAAUCGGGCCAGUCGGAUCAGCGAAAAUUAG